CAGUGCAUUGCUCCGCGCCCUUGUAAAGAUACGGUUAAAUUGUUAUACGUACCUCAUUCAGAUUGGGAUAUUUACAAACCAGUGAAUAAAAUAAUAAGAUACAUUCAAGAAAAGAUCAUAUAUAUCUUUUUAAACAUUACUUCACUGUUUGUUGAAGAAAUUUUGUUAUUUCUUAUUAUUGAAUAGAUAACAAUAAUGAAACGAUUAGAAUUUCACACUGCGGAUUAUAUUGUUAUGGCCAUCUUUGUUGCUAUAUCCUCUGCGAUCGGAAUUUACUACGGGUUUUACAAGAAGCAGAGGACCACGGAAGAAUACAUUCUUGGCAAUCGGCAGAUACAUUUUGUUCCAGUUGCACUGUCGUUGGCAGUAACUUUUCAGUCCGCAGUUUCCAUAAUUGGAUCUCCAAGUGAAAUUUAUUUGUAUAACACUAUGGUGGCGUACACGUUCCUUGGGCUAUCUAUUGCAUAUCUUAUACAGGCAUUUUUCAUCGUGCCUUUGGUGCAUCCUCUGAGGUUGACUAGCGCAUACGAGUAUUUACAGAGGCGUUUCCAGUCAAGAGCAGUGCAACUUCUUGGCAUGACAAUGGGCAUGCUGCAAACGCUUCUAUAUGUGAGCAUCGUCCUGUACUCCCCAGCACUUGCGCUAGAAGCAGUUGCUGGAAUUCCAGUAUGGUUAUCUAUUGUAAUAAUAGGACUAAUAGGAACAGUUUACACAGCUAUUGGGGGAAUGAGAACCGUAAUCUGGACAGAUACAUUCCAAUUUGUUUUGAUAUAUGGUGGCCUGGCUGUGAUCCUUAUACUGAGUGUAAAAGAAAUAGGAAGCUUAUCAAAAGUUUUCAGUUUGUCUUCGGAAGGUGGUCGGAUUAAAUUUGAUGAAAUAAACCCGGAUCCUCGUGUACGUCAUACAGUGUGGGGAUGUGUUAUCGGUGCUGCGUUUAGUAUGCUGCCAAAUUGUUGUAGCCAGUCGUCAAUACAGAGGAUUUCUUCCAUAGAAAAAGCUAAGGAUGCAAAAUAUGCCACUCUCCUGAAUAUACCACUGGCGAUAACCUUCCAUUCCAUCCUUAUCUUGACUGGGCUGGUGCUUUAUGCAUACUUCGUUAUAAAAGCAUGUGAUCCUUUGGCUGGGGAUCAGGUGUCAAAUCCGAAUCAGUUGAUGAUAUAUUUCGUAUUGAAUGUGUUAAGCGAUGUACCAGGACUUGCUGGGAUAUUUCUUGCCGCAGUUUUUAGCGGAGCUUUAAGUACCUUGUCUUCGGGUAUAAACUCAAUGGCUACAAACGCUCUUCAGGAUAUCCUAUCUGGAUACUUACAGGAGGCUCAACAGAUUAAAAAGACAUUCAUUUUAAAACUAUUAGUUCUAGUAUAUGGCAUUGUUACUGUUGUAUUAGCGUAUCUAUCACAGUAUUUGACAGGCCCGGUGACACAGAUGUGCAAUACAGCUUUUGGUGCAGCCGGUGGUCCAAUUGUUGGUAUAUUUUUCCUUGGUGCUGUUUUUCCACAGGCUAACAAAAAGGGUGCUUUCAUAGGGGGAAUGUGUGGAAUCGCAAUCAACAUGUGGAUUGCUCUUGGCUCCUUUUUGUAUGGAAAUAAAGCUCCACUGUCAACCCCAGUCGCUACAUCCGGGUGCUACCAGAAUGAAACGGACUUACUUGAGAUGAAUGUAACACUGCCAACUGGAAGUUCAACAUUUGAUAUAUCUUUUGAUCGUCAUGGAAAUAAUACUACAACCAUGGAAUUCCUCGAUUACCAUCACAGUACGGAUAACCACCACCUUGCCAUCUAUGAUUUAUCCUAUGUUUGGCUUGGAUUUAUAGGAUUUCUGAUCGCAAUAAUCAUCGGCUUGGUUGUCAGUUUUAUUACAGGUAAAGAUAAAGAUUUUCCCACGGAUCCAAUGUACAUCAUACCUUUACUACGACAUGUGUGGGCAUUUGAUGAUUCAACUUUACACGGACAGCCAAAAAGUGAAUACUGUUUCGUUCCAACUGAUGAGGAAAUGGAAGUGAUUGAUCCUAAGAAGAAAAACAUUGUAGAACCAAUCAAUUGAAUUACAUAGGAGAAAUGUGUGUGAAAUACCAUAAGUGAGAUUUUUAGAAAAAUAAACAAUACGCAUACCUUCGUCAAAGAGCGAAACUUUUUGUCAUUCAAACGUUUAUAAAUAUAAUACACUCUUUAUAGAUAUACAUUUGAUAUUCACUAAUGGCUGCAGAAGAAGUUUAAGUCGGAAACAAUGAUUUAUUGCAGUUAAAAGAAACCAUCCACGAGGCCAAGUCGAUUUAGAAUGUAGUUCUAUAGCAUAUAAUGACUUUUGGGGAUCUUUUAACGCCGUUUGGAUAUAUCAUCUUCCAUAAUUCUAAAUGAACAUUUAUCAAAUUUCCCACACAUUGAGAAAAAAAUGUUGUGUGAGAAUAUUUAAAUUUAAAGGAAAUUGAAAAGACCGAAUACAUAGUUUCUUAAAAUUUGUUUUAAAAUAAACAUCUUUAAAUGAAAUGAAAGUGAUUGAUCUAAAGACGAAAAACGUAUUAGAACCAGUUAAUUGAAUUUCAUAGAAAACAUGUGUGUAAAAUACCAUAACUGAGAUUUUUAGAGAAAAAGAAUAACUUAAGGUAGAACGCGACAUUUUGCGAACUUUCGAGUAGCGUCCUGAAAUUUUGCAUGUAUAAGGUUGACCAUAUUUCAAACGUUUAUAAAUAUUUUGAAAUAAACAAUGAUAUACUGUU